AGCUCAGCCAAAAAACAAGUUAAGAGCACAAAACAACGAUCACAAAGAAACACCAGAGAACUGAAGAGUCAUUCCACAACAAAGGCGGAACAAUCUGUGACAAAAGAGCAGAGAGAUGAUGCGCUGAUAGAAGACAGAUGUAAAGAUGAGACAGGUGCCAGGAGAGGUCAUGCCCACAACACACAGACACACAGACAGACAGUGAGGUUUUCUCAGCUGAGGAAUGUCAUGUUUACAUGUUUAUCAAGCGGUAACAGCACAACAUCAUAUUCGUCAUUCUGCAGAUUACACCGUCUACCCUGUUGAAAAAAAGGCUCCAGGAUGCUGCAUCCAAAGACAGAGUCCAGUGAGAAAGUCUCCUCCAGGACCUGCAGUGUUUUGCUGUUCAUCAUUCUUCUAAUACAGUCCGUUGGAGCUCAGUCAGAGUUGACUUGUUCACAUAAACCAAUCGUAGCCCUGGCUGGUGAUGAUGUCAUUUUACCAUGUCACCUUGAACCUGCAGUCAGCGCCAGUUCUGAGACAGUGGUGUGGACCAAACCUGGUUUGGAGCCAGAGUACAUCCAUGUUCACCAAGAUGGACGACUGAUAUUUCAGAGGCAAAACCCGUCUUAUCAUUUCCGAACAGCUCUGUUUGUGGAUGAACUGAUUAAAGGAAACGUCUUCCUAAAACUCUCCAGUGUGAAAAUCUCUGAUGCAGGAAAAUACUUUUGUUUCCUUCAAUCAAUGCAGAAGGAAAUUUCCAUCCAGCUCACUGUUGGUGCUGUCUCCUCGCCCAUCAUACAGGUUGUCUCAGAUAACAGUGACAGUGUGGUGUUUCAGUGUGAGUCUGCAGGCUGGUAUCCAGAGCCUGAGGUGUUUUGGCUGGACAGUGAGGGAAACCUCCUCUCUGCUGGACCUACAGAGACAGUCAGAGGUCCUGAUGACCUCUAUACUGUCAGCAGCAGAGUGACUGUGGAGAAGAGACACAGCAACACCUUCACCUGUAGAGUCCAACAGAAGGACAUCAACCAGACCAGAGACACACACAUCCAGGUUACAGCUGGUUUCUUCAUUGAUCAUUGUUGUUGCCAUUGCAUCUGGGGAAUCAUCAUUACUCUUGGAAUUGCUGUCUGUGUUUUCAUUAUUAUCAAACGAACAACUUAAACGUAACGGACCAGGAGGAACAAGAAAACUGACGGAAACGAAAUUAAGGCCGGCGUUCUCGAGUUGUCCAGAUUGAAUGGGCUAAAGGAACUGGAGAACCAGGGAGCAACUGGGGAACAAAGAGAGUGCAGACCAACAGAGAGACGAGGAACAAACAAAUAAGAAAAGAACAAAGUGAAAAUGGAGAAGAGGAACUGGAGAGGACGCUUCAGUCAGUGAAGACGAUGGACAGAAAUAAGAUGCCCUCGUGAUACAGCAGGAAGAACUGUGGAGAUGAAACCUGAACUUCAGGAAGAGCAACACAGAGACAGCUGACAGUUUAUAACACAAUGCACGCUGCAAAGCAGUUUUUCAUACAAUGUGACUUUAAAACAAACUAACAGAGAUUAUUAAAUCUGUAAAAGAUAAGCAAAUGAACAUGUCACCAGUGCAGCAAUGUGACUCGACUACAAUGAAGCUCUAUGGCACAGAGGAAGAUAAAAAAAAUCAACAGCUUUAGUAACUUUAAAGAUGACAAUUUAUCAUCCCCCUCCUAUAUUGUUAUUAUUGAAAUAUUGUUCCUGUAUGAGCGGAGAAGAUUUGCCUCCUAAAAGCUAAAUAAACUAUUUAAUGCUUUUA